AUGUGCACACUGUAUCUUUCAGCAAGUCCCCUGAUCCGCCGAGAUCCCACCAUUCCAGCAUCGACAAGCGCAAACCGCCUACACCACGCCACUUUUGCGGCUCUUGGCAUCUCCACAGAUUCUGCCCAUUCCGUCAACAUCGGUGCCACAAGUGUCACAAAAUGGGUCACAAAGAAGGUUUCUGCCCGCCUCAAACAAGCCGCCGAUCGAGUCCGCGUACAUCGUCCAAGCCGCGACGUCCUCGUUCAUCGCGCAACCGCACCAGCAGCCUAA